UUGGUUCCGGGAGACGCGUUGGCAAUUUCCUAAACACCGCUCUGCUCAGUGUUGUCCGAGGCCCGGCGAGGAGAAGGUGUGUGUCGCUGGGUUUUACACCGGCUGGAGGGUGACUUGCUGAAACGGAACACCGAUUUGACAUGAGCAGGGUGCCCUGACUGACAUGGACACAGAGAUGAUUCCCAAAUUUUCGUCAAAGGAUGAGGAGGUUGACUACUGGAAGUCCCAAGCCCUCAAAUAUAAGAAGAGUUGCCAUGAAGCCCAAGAGGAGCUGCAAGAGUUCCAGGAAGGAAGCCGGGAACUGGAGGCUGAGUUGGAGGCACAGCUUGGCCAGGCUGAGCACCGGCUUCGAGACCUACAAACUGAAAACGAGAGACUGAAGAACGAAGUGUCCAACCUGAAGGAAAAGCUGGAGCAGCAGUAUGCCCAGAGUUAUAAACAGAUUUCAGUGCUAGAGGAUGACUUGGGCCAGACACGCAGCAUCAAGGAGCAGCUCCACAAAUACGUCCGAGAACUUGAACAGGCCAAUGAUGACCUGGAGAGAGCCAAGAGGGCAACAAUAGUGUCUCUUGAAGACUUUGAAGGCCGUUUAAACCAAGCCAUUGAGAGAAAUGCCUUUCUGGAGAGUGAGCUGGAUGAGAAGGAGUCUCUCCUGGUGUCUGUCCAGCGGCUGAAAGAUGAAGCACGAGACCUGAGACAAGAGCUGGCAGUACGAGAGCGGACUACAGACAGGAUGUCAGCACCCAGCUCACCUACAUUAGACAUCGACAAAAUGGAUUCUGCAGUACAGGCGUCGUUAUCCCUCCCAGCAACCCCAGUAGGAAAGAAUAUAGAGCACCCCUUUAUAACCACAAAAGCAAUAACCAACGGCUGUGGCACCUCUUCCUUGACUCCUUCUGCUAGAAUCUCAGCUCUUAACAUUGUUGGUGACCUCCUGAGAAAAGUUGGGGCUUUGGAGUCCAAACUCGCUGCAUGUAGGAACUUUGCCAAGGACCAGGCGGCAAGAAAACAUUACUCCACAGACACCAGCACACUCAUCAACAGCAAUGCCACCAAGUUCUCCCACUCUCUACAUACCACUUACUUUGACAAAACCACUGUUAAUGGAUUAGACCCCAGCUCCUUGACCUCCAUGGCGACAUCCAGAGCCGUGUCUCCACCAGGCAUGCUGCCUUUGAGUGUGUGAGGAGUUCCCAGCAUACACAAACCUCGACCGAAACUCGAACAGAGAUGACGCUUGUGCUACUUUUGUGUGUGUGUGUGUGUGUUAGAAUGAGAGUCAGAAAGGAAGAGUGAUGUGUGUUUGACUGUUUGGGAGUGUGCAUUUUCGGCCUUGUGAGAAAGAGAGGCUUGACUAUACAAUAAACCUGCCUCCAGUUUGCAGCUCUCAGUGCAUCUGUGAGUAGGUGCACACUUGUUUGUGCAUAAUCUCCCUACCACAUCCUUGCAUGUGCCUAAAGCUGUGCUGUAUUCUGCUUGUAUGAAUGUCACUGCAAUGCGUUGCUCUCCAGAUGUCAACUAUGGUUCAUCUGAAAACUACUUUCCCUGACAAAAGGUCCCUAACAGACCACAGCUUCUUUUUUUUAAUCCUUGUUUUCCUCUUGUAUGUUCACUUAAAUUGCACAGUUAAGCUCAUUUCUAUUUAGAAUGUGUUAUAUUUAAAAAGGGAUAUGUUCAUAUUUGCUAAUUUAUCUCACAGUAUGCUUUAAAAUGCAAUUUUCCUAUUUGCCUUUUUUUUGCAUGUGUGCAUAUGUAAUAUGGGAUUGGAGAAGUAUGGGUGGACCUCAUAUUUACAAGAAUGACCGAAGUGAAUGUUGAUUGUUCAAAGCCAUGUAGCCACAGUGCAGUCGUUCCUCUUGUUCUCUCCUCUGGUUUAAAGCUGCACAUAUACAAACUGGUCCUGACGGGUUUUUGCUGCAGUGAGGUUUAUUCUUCUGUGGACAUCCAGUGACUUUUUCACCAGAACCGUUUUGCCUUUUUUUUUUUUUUUAAAUGUUUCACGUAUGGAUUUUUUUUUUUUUUUGUAUCUUGUUGAACGCUUACUUACCUCAUUGUGAUUUGUUUGAAAUUACCAACUGUUGAAUAUUGAUAUGUGAAUUUGGCUUCAUAGAAUUCCCCAACCACACAGUGAGACACUCAAAGCAAAAUGGUUUAAAGUGACUCAAGGACUGUCCGUUAAUUUUACCAGAUGUAUCUGAAUUUAUGGUGCAUUGUGGCCUUGCAGCACAUUUGGUCUUUAUCUGCUUUUGUAUAAUGUUAAUUUGGUGUGACUCUUGACUUUUAGCAGGUUUGAUAUUGACUCUGAAUACAUUUCCCCCUAAUUUCCUUCAUCCUCACAUAUCUUUGUUUAUUCCUCAGUGUUACCAUCUUGACAGCUUGGAGUAUAAUCCAAAGGCUUCACUGUUAUUUAAUAAAAUGCGAUGUCACUUUGGGCACUGUAGGAGCCUGUUACGAAAGUAUGUUCUACAGUCAGUGUAUGUAGGUUGUAUAGAAGGUAAUUUUACCUAUGACGUUGUACAUAUUGACAUUUGGCACUAAGGUCUUAUUUAUUUCAGAUUCUGUACAGCAUGUGUUCAGAUAAUGAGUUUUACUAUUAUACAGUGGUUAAAGCCAUUGGACGAUGAUAUCAAACUGUUUGUGAGAAUUGUUUCAAUAAAGACUGAGAUGAUGAA